AUUUAGAAAGAAAUCAUUCUUUUUAAAACGGAAAAAAAAAAUAAGUUAACGUAACUAGAACAGAGGGGCUAGUAUUUGACAAAUUUGCCCAAUCGUACUAACCCAGCAAUUGCGUCGAAGACACGAGCACUGGCCGUCUUUUUUUUAAGUGACCGGGAAAAUACCCGAGCAAAAGUGCAAAAACCAACAUUCUAUGCAUAUAUUUGGUUUGGCAGCUGUCAGUUUCUCUUUUCUAUUGCUUUUAAUAAUGCAGGGAUGAUGGUGGAGAAUAUAAAAAUCAGAAAAAAAGGUAAGAGGAGACUUUGUCUGAACAAGUUGUGGAGUCAACACCACUCAUUUACACUUAAAAAGUCUCUGCUCUCUCUGCUAGAGCUUAACAUUUUGGUCGAUCGAUCGACAUGGCGAACGUUGCGGUGGAAUUUCUGGUGCAGAACUUGAUGCAGCUGCUGAGAGACAAUGCAGAGCUGAUUAUUGGGGUUAAGGAUUCGGCUGAGAGUCUGCUUCAAGAUCUCAAUGAUUUCAACGCUUUUCUCAAGCAAACUGCUAAGUCCCGCAGUGAGAACGAUGUCCACAAAGAAUUGGUGAAGAAAAUUAAGACUGUGGUCAACUCUGCUGAAGAUGCCAUUGAUAAGUUUGUGAUUGAGGCCAAGCUUCACAAGGACAAAGGGGUUGGCAGAUUUGUGGAUGUUAAGCAUUAUAAAAGAGUGUAUGAUGUAGCAGGUGAGAUUAAAACUAUUAGAGACAAAGUCAAAGAAAUCCGUCUCAAUAAUGCCCUUGACCUUCAGGCCCUUCAAGAUGAAGAUCAAUCUGCCAAAGGUGUCCAAGAAAGAAAGCCUCCAGUGGUAGAGGAAGAUGAUGUGGUUGGAUUUGAAGAGGAAGCAGAUAAAGUAAUCAACCGUCUUCUGGGAGGAUCGAGUGGACUAGAAGUUGUUCCAGUUGUUGGAAUGCCUGGUCUCGGCAAAACGACACUGGCAAAUAAGAUUUACAAGCAUCCUGACAUCGGGUACCAGUUUUUUACUCGCAUUUGGGUUUAUGUUUCUCAAUCAUACAGGAGAAGAGAAUUAUUUCUCAACAUCAUCAGCAAAUUCACUCGCAAUACCAAACAAUACCAUGAUAUGUGUGAGGAGGAUUUAGCUGAUGAAAUAGAAGAUUUUUUGGGCAAGGGAGGAAAAUACUUGAUUGUCUUGGAUGAUGUAUGGUCUCCUGACGCUUGGGAACGUAUCAGAAUAGCUUUCCCAAACAACAACAAAUCCAAUAGAAUAUUAUUGACCACUCGAGAUAGCAAAGUUGCUAAGCAAUGCAAGCAGUGCAUUGGUAUACCUCAUGAUUUAAAAUUUCUGACUGAAGAUGAAAGUUGGAUUUUACUGGAGAAGAAAGUUUUCCAUAAAGAUAAAUGUCCUCCUGAAUUGGAACUAUCUGGAAAGAGCAUAGCCAAAAAAUGUAAUGGACUACCCCUUGCGAUUGUUGUUAUUGCAGGAGCACUAAUUGGGAAAGGUAAGACAUCAAGAGAGUGGAAACAAGUGGAUGAGAGUGUGGGCGAACACCUCAUAAAUAAAGACCAGCCUGAGAAUUGUAACAAAUUGGUGCAACUGAGUUAUGAUCGCUUGUCUUACGACUUGAAAGCAUGUUUUUUAUAUUGUGGUGCAUUUCCCGGAGGCUUUGAGAUCCCUGCUUGGAAGCUAAUCCGUUUGUGGAUCGCAGAAGGGUUCAUACAGUAUAAAGGCCACUUAUCCCUUGAGUGUAAAGCAGAGGAUAACUUGAAUGAUCUCAUCAACAGGAAUCUAGUGAUGGUAAUGCAAAGAACAUCUGAUGGUCAAAUCAAAACAUGUCGUCUUCAUGACAUGUUGCACGAGUUUUGCAGACAAGAGGCGAUGAAGGAAGAAAAUCUUUUCCAAGAAAUAAAACUAGGUGCUGAGCAAUAUUUCCCCGGAAAACGGGAACUAGCCACCUACCGUCGCUUAUGCAUUCAUUCCUCAGUUUUGGAAUUUAUCUCUACAAAGCCCUCAGGUGAACAUGUCAGGUCAUUCUUAUCUUUUUCUCUAAAAAAGAUCGAGAUGCCAUCUGUCGACAUCCCAACCAUACCAAAAGGCUUUCCGUUGCUGAGG